GCUUUUUCCUCCGAUUCGCCAUGGGCCAAGUUCUCGACAAAUAUGAAGAUGUGUGGCGUAAUGUAGGCAAGGAGCUGAGAGUAAAACAGACACGGCAGAUAACUGACAAGGUGUAUGAUCGAUUCAAAAAUGAAUCAGACAAAGUGAAUUUGAGUUUCGAAGAUCUAUACAUUUCUGUGUUGCUUAUAUUCAAUGAUAUAAACAAGCAUUUGCCAGGACCUCACAUAGACCCUCCUUCCAAAGAACAAGUUAGGGCGUUGAUGAAGAAAUAUGAUUUCAACUUUGACGGGGAACUAAACCGUGAAGAGUUUAUGGAAUUCAUUCUAGAACUGACUAAAGACACAUUCUUUACCAUUAGUCAAAAGCUGGUGACUACAUUGGCGAUAGCACCGACUGUGGCUUUGCUGACUAAGAAGUCAACAGAGGGUGUACCUGUGAUUGGGAAGGUGGUACAGAAGUUGCCCAGUUCUGUUUAUGCAUCCCUUGUCACUCUUGCUAUAGUUCUUUUUCAGAAAUCAACUGAAGCCAAAUAGCAAAAGAUACGACUUCUUCUUUCCAUUGUAAAUGGAUUCUACUCCGUAGUUUAUUUCAAUAAUACGCCCUGCAGACUUUGUUGGCUCUGGUUAACCGGCCUUUAUAUGUCCAUGUAUUCUUUGUAAAUUAUUGGAAGUUGAAACUUUUGUGUUUUGUUCAAAUGAUUUGGUAUUCUGGUUUAUUAUUACCAUUCCUCCAAGAAGAUACUCAGUAGUACAUGUUGAAGCUUAUUUAGCCCUAAAAUGUAAUGUGGAAAGCUAAUAAAAAACACUACACUAAAAUGCUAGUUAAAGC